AAGAGCGUUGUCCCCGAACUCUGCAAAAUUAAACAGCAGUUUGACCUGUCUGUCUGGAUUGCAGCAGACAUGGGUCAUGUCCUGCUCCACCUGACCUUCCUCCUGAUUGGCCUGCUGCUCCUUCAGUGUCCUGCAGUCUGCGGCCUCUUUGAGUGGCUGAGGAAAACAGAGGCUCCUCCAGCAGCAGCUUCCCCUUCUGCAGCCGUACCUCCUACUCUUCUAGUAAAAGAUGCUCAGUUCGAAAUGGCCACUGCUGAUGAGAGGUUUUUGGCGGAAGCAAAGCAGAUGGAGCUCAGCCCAUUAGACACCUGUCAUCACAGGGUGGUUGCCCGGCUAAAGUCGAGUUGUGACAGCCUAUCAGAAGAGCAGCUCGCAAAGCUUGGAGUUGUGCUGUUUAACUGCCAGGCAGAGAUUGAAGGCCGCAGGACCUAUGCCUGUACAGAGGAAAUGACUAUAAAAGAGUGUACAGCAGAAAUGGAUGCGCACACAUGGAAUGCUUACCACAUAGUGAGCAACAGAGCACGCUCAGUGUGCUACGCCACUCGUCAGCAGCUGUUCCGGCGCAGAGCGGAACACACGGUCAAUGCGCUCAUCUCCACAGCUACCAACCAGCUCGACGCAAUGAAAGAACUCAAGGAGGGCCAGUUGGAGCUGAGGCAGAUGACGGCAGCCUCCUUAGACAAGCUGCUGGAGGGUCACAGUGCUCUACAAGCCCAACAGGGUAAACUGUAUGAAGGCCAGGAGCAAAUGGAGAGUUCAAUGCGGGACAACCUGGAGCGUCUGGGCCAGGAGAAGGCCCUCAUCGCCUCCGGACAGGAGCUGGUAGCCCAGCUCAUUCAGGGCAUUACACAGCAAAUAGAAAAUGUGAGCGAACAUGUGCAGAGCCAAAGCUCUGAGGUGCAAGAAAGUCACCGGGCGAUUGUGAAAGACCUGGCAGACGUCAGACACCAAGCUCAAGAUGUCUACCAUAAAAUUGACCACAGUAUGCUGGAGUUUCUGCAGUAUCAGGACCAAACCUCUCAGUACUACUCUGACCUGAUGAACAAACUGGAGCGAAUGAACAGCACACUGGGAGUCAUGCUGCACUACAUCGAUAAAAUGCAAAGCAGGAUAGAACAAAGGCUUCACAUGAUCCAGGGCUACCUCGGCUGGGCGGGUUUGAGUCUGUCAGCCAUGUGGACGUGCAUUGCUCAUGGAGGAUACUUUGUGCUGUGUGCGGUCCUGCUGACGUUCCUGCGUUGUCCAGGUUUUUCUAGAGCCAUGCUGCUGUUCACUGUGCCACUGAACGCAAUGGCUGAGGUCAACCAGCAGCCGGCGCUAGACCUCUGCAGCCUGAGCCUGCUGCUGCUCACACUCUCUCUGGGUUAUUGGUUGAUAAAUCAGCUGUGGGGGUGUUUCCAGUUUAGGGGAGUGCCAGCUGCCCCUCUCCCACUUGCUCCAUAUGAGAUUGUAGAGCCACAGAAGCCAGUUUCAUCCCAAAAUUCAUUUCCACCUUCCUCCACUCCACAAAGACAUGAAAAGGACUGCUUCAAGGAACAAGAUGAUCUGCUCAACCAGGAUGGCUUCAUCUCAGGUAACCUCGGCAUAUCCAUGAUUCCCUCUCACAGGAAACAAAUACCAGAUUUACUCCACAGUCACUCCACUCCUCAGCCCUCAGCUCAGCCAUUUAUUUCAGCAGCUCUGGUUGAUGAUAUCCCCCUGAGAAACUUGGGUGGUGCUUUUGAUGCAGUGAAUGACUCGCAUGAUUUGGGAAACGACUCAAGAAGUGCGAGUCCUACACCAUCUCUCAUCAGUAACAGUUCUUUGUCAGGUCGACUGUUGUGCAGUGGUAUCACCAAAAACGGGAAAGCCUGCAAGAAGAGAGCUGCACCUGGACAGGAGUACUGUAGAGUCCAUGAGGGCGGUCACACUUCCCACAUUAACUCCUGAAGAUCUCAUCCUCUGCUUUAAACAGCACUAAAGAACUGUUCUUAAAUGGUGGUCUUCAUAUUAAGUUAUGCCUGCUUUGCCUGAACAUAAGUUUGCAAAAGUAUUAGUCUUUCACAUGUAAAUAUAUACGUAUUUUAUUUGAGUUUUUAUGUUUUUAUGUUAAUAAAUUAUUUCUAACUACAUUUUUUUCAUUUUUAUAUAAAGUCUGCACAACCAACACCAACAUUCACACUAUUCCCACAAACGGCACAAAUUAUUUGGUGUGUAAUAUGU